UCCCCACAAAUGAAAAGAUGGUUAUACAGAAACCCAAUCCAAGCAAUAAAACAAUUUAUUUUCUUUAUUUAAUACUUCCCCUUUUAUCCCAUGUUCUCUACCUUGCUGCUUUCUGUAAAAGAUGGCAAUUCCCAUGAGACAAUGCCAGUUCCCGUCCCCAUUUCUGUGUACAGUUCCUCAAACUGCACCAAGCAGACAAGCCUUUCUAAACACUGAUAUCCUCAGGGUCAUCAUGAGGAUUCCUGGACAUUUGGGGACAAGUGAUUUAGGAUUGCUUGUGUAUGGCUGUUGUUGGAGAACAUUGAUGGGCUAUUUCUAUGGCAAUGGAGAGAAUGUCAGAUCAAAGAUUGUGGUAUAUGCUUUAGGAGGGAGCAUCAAAAGAGCAGAAAUAAAGAAAGUUGGAAAAAUUAUUAAGCUUGGAGAGAAAAUACUUAGCUCAUUCCCAAUAUGUUGAGUUUUAGGUCGCAGCAGAACACUCAAGAGAUACCCUGGAAUCUGAGAAAUCCAAACUUCAGACGAAGAACAUCCAGAUGCUGGGACCACCACAUUGCUGAAGGGUGUUUCUGCCUUCCAUGGAAAAAACUACACUUUUUUAAAGCCAGGCAAGAUUCUCAAAAGAAAAAUGAAAGAACAUCAUCUGCUACCAGUCAGCAGGACAAGGCUGACCAGAGCGCUGCGGAGGAGCUGUGCUACACCCUCAUCAAUCACAGCAUCCUCAGGAGAAGGCCAUCGGGGGCCUCUACUGAGGGCUAUUAUGAGAAUGUUCUCCCCCAGGACAAGAGGCCCAGAGAGCUGGUGAGAGGAACCGAGACUGAGUACUUACUUCUCCGUGUGCCGUCCACCCCUAGACAUCUGCCUUCCCCAGAAAAUGAUUAUGAAUUUCUCAUGCCCAGUAGAAUCUCCGCUAACACCCUGCAACAGACACAUCUACUUACGUCCCCUUCUGAGGCUCAGGUUUCCUAUUUAUAAUGAAGUGGUUGGGCCAACAUUUGUUUGACACCGGUAAAUAAAAGCUGUGGGGAGGGAGGCUCUGGUUGAAGCAGGCAUGGAGCACAAAGCCCUUCCAGCUUAUCUCCCUCCUCAUCCCCCACAUACACACAACAUCCUUUUCUACAGGGGCCUCUGCAUAACAUGGUUUGUAAACCACAGGGCCUUUUAGACCCUACUCAAUAUUCAAUAUCUGAAGAUCAACCAACUAUUCUGAACACCACUCUUUGAGAAAGGAGUGAACAUAUUUGGUCCUAAGUGGCUUUGGAACUGGGCUGCUCUACUCAGUGGCAGGAGGGGCCUCCUGGUCCCUACAGUGAUACACAUCACAAAGGGCUCUGCUCCUCUGCCCAGGUUCUUCUUAUAAAAUGGCCACAUGAUUUUCCUCUGAAGUCACAGGAAUCCAUUCAUUCCACACGUUUUUGUGGGCCUAACUUCUAGUUCACAGACUUCUGGGGGGCACCUAUGCACCCCUCUCACUCCAUGCCUCUAAGUGGUGUCCUUUGGAUAGUGUCUCUUGACUUGUUGGCCCUGGUGGCUUGGCUGGUUACAUGGGUUGAAUCAGUAAGUCCCAGGCCAAGAUUUUAUAAAUUUUUUAUAUGAUUUUGGUCCAUAUUUUUUUUAACUUUGUAUUUCUCCCCAGAAAUCUUAAGGAAAUCAUAGCAUCAGAGGAUAAUAGAGUAGAAAGAUCAUUGGAGAUCCCCUCAUCCCAUUAACCAAUGUAACAUUGCAAAUUAGUGGCAAAACGUUAUUUGCAGCCUAAUUUCCUGGCUUCCAUUUCAGUGUUCUUCCAAUAUACUACAUACUCUACU